UAAGCGCCUGUCUCCCUCUCCACCGCCGCUGAGCUGCACCGACUGGUGCCGUGAUGUCCGUCUCUAAUCCACCUGCCCGUUAUUACGGCGCCAAUGAGCGUGUCCUAAUCCCAUCUCUGGACAAAUGAUCAUUUCACACGUCCCGAAUAAUUCCUGCCUAGCCCGGCGCUGGUUCAGCUGUCACCCUUUGUGACGCCUGCUUUGAUCGGCCACCGUCAACGUUGCCCGGCAUGGACUGUAAGCGGGAAAAGGAGCAGGAUGCAGACUGUGAGAGGAUAACCGCUGUGCUGCUGAAGUCUCGAACAGGGGAAUUCGAUUUAGAGUCCAUACUGUUUCUUAAACUCCGUGGUCUCGGCAUACAUGACCUUGGAUGCAUCGGGGAAUGUGUGAACUUGGAGCGGCUGGACCUAUCGGGGAACAAUGUCACGAACCUGGGACCUCUGGCGUCCCUUCGGCUUCUUUCUGUGCUUAAUUUGUCUGCCAACAGAAUCUCUAACAUAGAGCCACUUCACAGCUGUGAAAAUUUACAAAACCUAAAUUUAGCUGGUAAUGUUAUAUCCAGCACUGAGAGCCUACAUUGCCUUGUCUCUCUAAAAAAGCUGGAAAGCAUCCGUCUGAGAGACAACACGUACAACUACAGUAACCCAGUGUGCAGGAGCGCGUCAUACAGAGCUGUUGUACUUGAGAUGUUCCCGAACAUCAAAGUGCUGGAUGGAGAGAGAGUCGUUGGACGAGGAAGUGAACUGUACCAGCUAUGCAAAGACAUCGACGAGACCAUUAAAGCUGGUUCAUACAAGAACGGGCAGCUGAUCGAACAUCCGGAUUGCAAGCCGUGGGUGGACGAAGGUUACUGGGAGAUAAAGCGAUCAAACAAUGCCAUUAUCGAAGAAGCCUACAAACAGUUCAACGAUGUUCUUCAUGAAUGCAGACUCCUGAACAACAGAGCCUCUCACGUGAUUUCCCAAACCGAGAGAUCCAUGAGCUUGAAGAAGCAGCCAAAGCAAUAUGCCAUCUGAACGGGGCUAUUUUUUUUUUUUGUACACACCUUUUGCAACAUUCAGCAGCCUUUUUUGCUUUCUAAUGAUGUACUAUGACAAAUGUACUGUAGCUUUUUCAAUAACCAUGCUAUAUCCAAAUGCUUUAUAAAGAUCAUUGCCUGAUACACAUGCUCUAUGCCGCAGAGUGUGUGUGCCAACUUCGCUGUGACUGUAUUCUCAUCCUAUGCAUUGGUUUAAUAGAAUAAAUCUGUAGGUGGUUUGAAAACCUCCCCUCAUGCUGAUAGCCCUCAGUUUGGUUCAAAGAUGUCUUAACUUGCACCAUGUGCAUUUUGUACAAUGCUGUAGCCAGAGGUUCUGCUGGGAGCUAUGCUGCCUACAAGAAUUUGUAUCAGUCUUUACUUACAGGGAGUUUUAAAUUUUACAUUGCUGGUUAGUUUAAAGAGUAAUUUUGCCCUGCUGUGUAGGUUCUUGUUGUUGUGUUUAUCCAAAGAGUGACUGAAUGAUUGUUUUGACCCUUUCUCCUUGUUUUGCUUUUGUUUUUUGUUUUUUUUUAACAUAAGGUCUGUGUGCAACCAACUUCUUGAAAAUAUAUUAUUUAUAAGCCCGUAAAAGUGCAUUUGA